ACACGCGCUGGAAAUGUGAUCGGGGGUUGGAUUUAGUGUGCUUCCCCUCCCCCGCUUUCUCCAGUGCUUCCCAGAUCGAGGACUGCCAUGGGCCCCCUCUCUCUCUCUCAAUCUGCACAGAGCCUCACUCACCUGCUGCUCGCCACAGUCAUAGCAGGAGGACUGCUCUCUCUCUGUCUGGUCUGUGAUGGAGCCACGGUGCAAAGUGUCGUUACUCCUGUUCAGGCGACCUCUGACCCCCUGACUGCUGGCCCCAUGACAGAUGGGCCCGAGAUAGCACUGUCCACUCCAGAGCAAAGCAGCAAUGACUCAACCCCGGCAGUCUCUGAGGAGGAGGUGGAGGAGGAGGCGACGGGUCCGAUGGUGGAACAGCACCCUCCAAAGGAGAAGGCAGUGGAAGGGGAAGAUGUGAAGUUCUCCUGCCUGCUGAAAGACGCUGAUCCCGAGGGGGUGGUGAUACACUGGAUCCACCAGAGGUCUGAGAGUGUGCACACUGUGCUGGAAGGGAACCAGACGUCUGAGGACAGGUUUGCUGACCGGGCCUUCCUUUGCGGGGACUUAGGGCAUGGAGACUUCUCCAUGAUGCUGCGCAACGUCUCUGUUGAGGACCGCGGGGUCUAUCUGUGCGUCCUCACCGUCUCUGAUGGCUCUACUCUGCAGGGUUCUGGCACCAAGCUUAGCAUUCGUGAGGACCUGGGUUUGCAAGUGAUGGAGGAGUCUGUGGGAACUAUAAUAGGCGUGACAGUGGCAGCAGUGGGUGUGGCCAUCGGGCUUGUUGCCCUCCUUCUGACACAGUUUCGAGAUAAGCUAAACUGUCUGCAGAAGUGAUGGCAGUGAGGUCCUGAUCAGGUUGGAGAACACACCUGCAUGACGGAACUCAGCCAGUGACUCACCCCGUUUAACUGGAGGGGCUCGGUAGUGGCUCUGUUGUCUGAAACUCACACUGUAGGCAUAGUCAUGAUGCAAAGUGGACUGGGUCAGAUUGACACCUCUUCCAGUGCAUAGUAAAACAAAAGGAACCGAAGAUUCCCAUUAACAUAAUGAUCAAUGUAUGGACUGAUAUGAUUACUGUUGACCUCUGGCUGUUUCUGGGUCCCAGUUCUGGAUCCCUGCUUAUUCCUUCCCCAAUUUGAUUACGACUGCCCACAACAUUUUUCACAUCCCUCUGAGGGACCAACUCCACACCCUGCUCUCCUGUCCCACCCAUGAACACCCCCACCCGCUGUACCCAUGCAUACAGUAUGAAGCAUAAAGUCUAGGCGAGAGGAUCAUUGGCAAGACAAGCUUUGUGAUCAAUAGUGUUGUGAAUAUAAUCUGCAUGUACGGUUUUACCAAUGUUGUGAAUACUUGUUUUUAAUUCUAUGAAUGCUCUAUGUGUUCAACUCUGAUUGGCCCAGAUGCAGAGAGAUCUGUUCCUAAAGAAAAAUAAAACUGAAAUAACA